UCUGUGAGUUAAAUCCUGUACUUCAGGACCUGUAGUGAAGUGAAAGAUAGUGUGAUAUUGUUGUGCUUUAAAAAUAAUAAUUGUUAAUCUUAUUCGAAAACAUUGGUUUUUAAAACUAUUUUUUGAUUUUUACCUUUACUUGUUAAUUCUACGGAACCAUUCAAUAAAAUGGGUACUCUAUCGGAAAGACCUGAAGUUGACGAAAUUGAAAGUUUGUGUGUUAAUUGUCGCCAAAAUGGUAUAACAAAACUUAUGGUUACGAAAAUACCUUUCUUCCGAGAAAUUAUCAUCAUGUCGUUUUCAUGUGACAACUGUGGUUAUUGUAACAACGAGCUUCAACCUGCAUCAACAAUUCAAGAGAAAGGUAUCAAUAUUCGGUUGAAAGUCAAGACUCCAAUUGACAUGGAUCGACAAGUUGUUAAAUCUGACUAUGCUGAACUCAGUAUACCUGAAUUAAGUUUUCAAGCGAGUCGUCAACCAGGUCUGGUUACCACAGUUGAAGGGCUCAUUGACAGAGCUAUAGAUGGACUUAGGCACACUUGUCAAGUCAAUGCUGAUCAACCUGAACUUGUUACCAAACUAACCGACUUCAUUACUAAACUCGGUUCAUUGAAAGAAUUGAACCAAGAAUUCACUCUAGUCGUUACGGAUCCUUCUGGAAACAGUUUCAUUGAGAAUCCAUUGGCUCCGAAGCCCGAUCCACAAAUGGAUAUUAUUUUUUACACAAGAUCUAUAGAUGAGAACAAAACUCUCGGUAUUUAUUCAAUUGAGGAAGAACAACCUGAACCAAGUGAAACUGAUCUUAAAGAUGAAGUCCUGCAAUUUCGAACCAAUUGUUAUUCGUGUGGUGCUAUUUGCUUCACUAACAUGAAACUCACAAAUAUACCACACUUCAAAGAUGUUAUUCUUAUGGCUACUAAUUGUGAAGCAUGUGGGUACAAGACUACCGAAAUUAAAAGUGGCCAAGGAAUCAGUGAAAAGGGGGUCAAAAUCGUGUUGCCUAUUGAAGGAGAGGAAGAUUUGAAACGAGACGUUGUUCGAUCUGAGACGUGCUCCUUAACUAUUCCUGAAUUAGACUUAGACAUUGGUUGUACUGAAGCAGGCAAAUACACUACAAUUGAAGGUUUGAUCGAACAAGUUAAAGAGGGUUUGGAAAAAUCUAACCCAUUCGUUACUGGAGAUUCAGCUCAGGCGGAGAAAAAAGAAAAAAUGAUGAGUCUUGUUGAAAGACUCAAAGCACCUAUUGGGUUAACGCUUAUUUUAGAUGACCCCUGUGGCAACAGUUUUGUCUAUGGUGCCACGAAUAUUGAACAUUAUGAAAGAACAUUCGAACAAAACGAGGAACUGGGAUUGAACGAUAUGAAAACCGAUUUAUAAAAGUAUUGAGAGUUUGAAAAUAAACAAGAAUGAUUUUUAUUCUUAUUAACGAUUCA